UGGUGUUGUGACUGAAUGAGACGUCCUUCCCUGAAACCAGAAGCAGCCACAGUUUUAACUUGAACGCAUGUGGAGGCUAAAACGCGAACUCCUCGUUGCUUUUACAUUGUAGGCGCUGCAGGUUUAAAAUCCCGGAAAGCGUGUGUUAGCCUCAGCUGGUCAGCUAACGGCUAAUAAAGGAGUUACCAAACAAGUGUCCUGCCACUGAGCUUCAGUACGAGCCAGUUUGAGCCAGCACAUAAGCCUCACUGCGAACAUGUCAGCCGCGCAAAACGAGUCCAGGAAACGGAGCAAGAAGCGGUAUGUGGCCGGCCACCACAACAAGCGGUGGAAGGGCUCCCGAGAGCUGGAGGUGGGCAUGGAGGGGAUCCUCAUCACAUGCAAUAUGAAUGAGAGGAAGUGCACCGCGGAGGCCUUCAAUCUGCUCAGUGAAUACGCCGACAAGCUGUAUGGACCCGAGAAGUUGCAAGAUAAUACUGGAAGCAGCAGUGAAGAAGAAGAGGCUGAAGAAGAAGAUGUUGAUGUCGCACUGAAGAAGGAAGUGGCACAGCUGCAAGCAUCUGGAGCUAAACAAGAGAGGCGUUUCCAGGCUUUGGACAGCGGGGCAAACAAUGUCAUCUUCAUCAGAACUCAAAAUCUGGAAUCUGACAAGUUGGUUCAUCACAUUCUGUCUGAUCUCCACACCACCAAGAAGAAAAAGUCCCGUGUGAUCCUUCGAAUGCUACCAGUAACCGGAACAUGCAAGGCCUUCCAGGAUGAUAUGGUAAAGUACCUGACCACUUUCUUGGAGCCUUGGUUCAAAACCCCAAAUUGUGCGACCUAUCAGAUCGCCUUCAAGGCCCGCAACAGCAGCCACAACAAGAGAGACGAAAUCAUCAAGUCUAUUGCAGGUCUUGUUGGGAAACUGAACCCUAAGAACAAAGUGGAUUUGACAAACCCAGAACUGACAAUCAUUGUGGAGGUCAUCAAGGCUGUGUGUUGCAUCAGUGUGGUAAAAGACUAUACACUGUACAGAAAGUACAAUGUUCAGGAAGUAGUAAAAGAGGACGCACCGAAGCCUGAUGUGACCACAACAAAAACAGAUCCAAACAAACCUGAGCAGAAGGAGAAACAGAACACAGGGGAGACAAACCAAGAAGACAAGAAAGGUGACGAGGAAAAUGACAAAAAUGUGCCACAGGACAACAAGGAGGCUGAUAAAGAUGAAGGUGAGGGGGAAUAAGGGUCACAUUUAAAGAAACAGAUUGUCAGUUGGUGUGUUAGAUUUAAUAUUUCUCAGAGACAUUAAGUUGCGUUAUAUUGUAGUACUUUUGUUUUAGAAAAUAUACGUUUUUUUUUUCCAUGACUGAUAACAUUACAAGGUUGGCAGGAGUCAAACAGGAUCCUAAUAUAAAAUGUCUUUUUUCUGUUCAUGAAGUUAUCUGUGAUACGUCAGUACCAACUUCAUUGAGAUGUCCAUUUUAAAUUGCAGUGAUUUUGAAUUAACCGUACAUGUCACCAUUCUGCAGCAUAACAGCUCACGGUUUUUAUUUUUUAUGCUGAAUUUUUUAAUUUGUGUGUCAUUUUAUUUUUGACAUUUUAAGUGAAAGAAAAGAGUUUGGUUCAGGUCAGCUUGUGUGUCACAUGUAGUAAUAAACUGUUUUUGUAAGAAACAUAAUUUCCUAAAGCACUACCUGAAUUAAAGCUGCCAGUGUUUUUGACUGUA